AUGGUAGAUCCAGAAGUCAUUGUAGAUCCAGGUGAAGCAGUAGAGACAGGUGAACUUGAGGAUCCUGGCAUGGUAGAUCCAGAAGUAAUUGUAGAUGGAAUUGUGGGCGGGGUAGUUGACAUGCCAGGUGAAGAUGAUGAGCCAGGAACUACGGUUACAGUGGAUCCAAAUGUCGAUCCAGUGGCAGUCGAAGGUGGUUGGGUGGUGAAAGUUGAACCAGUAGAUACAACUGAACUGGAAACUGUUCCCGAAGAUGUUGAUGGUCCAUUUGUUGAACUAGAGACUGGUGGCAAUGAUGAGCUUGAUGGAUUUGGUGAUGUGACAGUUGAACUUGGAACAGUGGAGCUAGACACUACCGGACUAGUUGAUACUGAUGGACUAGUUAUAAUUGGGCUAGAAACAGAUGAACUAGCUACUGGUGACGUACUCAUGGAUGUUGGGUUGGUAGAGCUGGGGCCAGUUGUUGAACUCGCUUGUGUUGGUACGGUCACUGUUGAUGACACGGUCACUGUACUUGGCGUGGUCACUGUAGUUGGCGUGGUUGCUGUUGAUGACACGGUCGCUGUACUUGGCGUGGUCACUAUACUUGGCGUGGUCACUGUACUUGGCGUGGUUACUGUAGUUGGCAUGGUCACUGUACUUGGCGUGGUCACUGUAGUUGGUACGGUCACUGUUGAUGACACGGUCACUGUACUUGGCAUGGUUACUGUACUUGGCGUGGUCACUGUACUUGACAUGGUCACUGUACUUGGCGUGGUCACUGUAGUUGGCAUGGUUACUGUACUUGGCGUGGUCACUGUACUUGGCAUGGUCACUGUACUUGGCGUGGUCACUGUAGUUGGCAUGGUUACUGUACUUGGCGUGGUCACUGUACUUGGCAUGGUUACUGUACUUGGCGUGGUCACUGUACUUGGCAUGGUUACUGUACUUGGCAUGGUCACUGUAGUUGGCGUGGUCACUGUAGUUGGAAUGGUUACUGUAGUUGGCACAGUGGGCACUGUCACAGUAGUUGGUGAAGUGGGUUUCGUAGUUACAGUAGUUGGCGUAGUUUUUGGUGGAGCUUGA